AUGAGUGUGCCGGCCGACGAGCCGGGCAACCCGGCCCACGCCAUCUUCGAGAGGUUCCUGCGUGCCGGGGAGUGCCGGGAGGUGCUGGGCUGCUUCGUGGAGCUGUGCCAGCAGCUGGGGCUGCAGGGCAGCGGGCUGCAGCUCUACCACGGCCUCAAGGCUGCCCUCAACUACUGGAAUGCCAAGGCCCUGUGGAGCAAGCUGGAUAAGAAAGCCGGGCACAAGGACUAUGACCAGGGCACAGCCUGUGCUGGCACCAAGGUGGCCAUCGAGCUGGCGCUGCUGGGUGCCCGUGUGGUGCUGCUGGAGAAGCGYGACUCCUUCUCCCGAAACAACGUCCUGCACCUCUGGCCCUUCACCAUCCACGACCUGCGGGCGCUGGGUGCCAAGAAGUUCUACGGGCGCUUCUGCACCGGCACUCUGGACCACAUCAGUAUCCGGCAGCUCCAGCUGAUCCUGCUGAAGGUGGCUUUGCUUCUGGGGGUGGAGGUGCACAUCAAUGUGCGGUUYGAGGGCCUUGUUCCCCCCACGGGCAAGGCAGGUGGCUGGCAGGCUGUGCUGCAGCCCAGCUCCUCUCCCCUCACCCACUACGAGUUUGACGUYCUCAUCUCAGCUGGCGGUGGCAAAUUUGUCCCUGAAGGGUUCAAGCGGAAGGAGACGCGUGGGAAGCUGGCCAUCGGCAUCACCACCAACUUCAUCAACCGCCACAGCCGYGCCGAGGUGGAGGUGGCCGAGAUCAGCGGCGUGGCCCGAAUCUACAAYCAGAAGUUCUUCCAGAACCUCUACAACAAAACGGGCAUCGACCUGGAAAACAUCGUGUACUAYAAGGACGACACUCACUAUUUUGUCAUGACGGCCAAGAAGCAGAGCCUGCUCAAGAAGGGGGUCAUCCUCCAGGACAAAGCGGACAUCGAGAGCCUCCUGGCCCCCGACAACGUGAACCGGGACGCCCUCCUCAGCUAUGCCAAAGAAGCUGCCAACUUCUCCACCAACUACUGCCUGCCCGAGCUGGAGUUUGCCCUCAACCACCGGGGCCUGCCGGACGUCGACAUGUUCGACUUCACCUGCAUGACGCGCUCRGAGAACGCGGCGCUGGUGCGGGAGCACAACGGGAACCGUCUGCUCCUGGGGCUGGUGGGCGACUGCUUGGUGGAGCCCUUCUGGCCACUGGGCACCGGCGUGGCCAGGGGCUUCCUCGCUGCCUUCGACGCGGCGUGGAUGGUGCGGCGCUGGGCGGCCGGGACGCCCCCGCUGGAGGUGCUGGCCGAGAGGGAGAGCAUCUACCAGCGCCUGUCGCAGACCUCGCCAGACAACACCAACAAGAACAUCAGUCAGUACAGCAUCGACCCAGCCACGCGCUACCCCAACAUCAACCUGCACUCCAUCAAAGCCAGCCAGGUCAAGGACCUCUACCUCGUGGGCACAGUGGAGGUGGACCACAAGAGGAGGAGCGACAAUCGGCUGAGCAUCACAGCUCCUGUGGUGUACGAAGAUCUGCUGAGCUGGUGCCGGGCCAGCACGGCUGGAUACCCUGGCGUGGCCGUGACCAACUUCACCAGCUCCUGGCACAGUGGCCUGGCCCUCUGUGCCCUCGUCCACCGCUUCCGCCCGGACCUGGUGGACCUGGACUCCGUGGACCCCCAGGACACCAUUGGGACCCACCAGAUGAUGCUGGACAUAGCAGAGCAGGAGCUGGGCAUCCAGCCUGUGCUGUCCAGCGCUGAGAUGGCCAGCGUAUCAGAGCAUGAGCGCCUGGGCCUCAUCACCUACCUCAGCCAGUUCUAUGAAGUGUUCAAGGCCUCUCCAGAGGUGGAGGUCAGCAAGAAGCCGCUGUCCCCGCACGGCACGCGAGGGGCAAUCCUUUUCCUCAGCAAGCUGCAGAAGAGCCGCAACCGGACACAGAAACGCCCCCAGGACAGUGCCCAGAAGGACGCUGAGGUGAAGAGGAGCCGCAGGGACACCGAGCUGGACACGGGGCUGGAUGGAGACUCCACUCCGGACAGUGCCCACGCGCCACCACAGCCCGCCACGACGGACCCAGGGCAGCCCCCGAGGGACAGGACGGGGGACAACAGUGACGCCUGCUACUUCUGCGGGCGCCGUGUGUACAUCCUGGAGAGAGCCAGCGCCGAGGGACGCUUCUUCCACCGCGGCUGCUUCCAGUGCCGGCGCUGCGGGGCCACCCUGCGCCUGGGYGACUACGCCUUCGACGAGGAGGAUGGUAAUUUUUACUGCUCACUGCACUAUCCCAAUGCGCCCAGCACGGAUCUGCCGGAGGAUGAGGCUUCGGCGCUGCCCGAUGGGGACGCUGCUGCUGCUGCCCACCCCCCCUCAGACGCUGGCAGCCCAAGGGUGUCCCCCCUGGAGUGGGCACCCAGUCCACCUGAGCCCACCCCAGCAGCCCCACAGCCAGGGGAAGAGCCUGGGGAAGCUGAGGACACUGCUGGUGACACGGAGGAGCUGCUGGCAGAACCUGGCGAGGAUGAGGAGGAGGAGGAGGAGGAUCCCAGAGCAGAGCCCCGAGGGGCAGCAGAGGAGGGUGAGGAGGGUGGGGGCAGGAGGAAGAUYGUCCUUACGCCGCUGGAGAAGCUCAGCCUGUCCACGCUGCACCUCACCAGCGAAGCAGAGCCCGAGCCUCCGCUGAAGCCAGCGCGUCUGCGGCUCCAACCUGCACCUGAGGCCCUCCCUGCCCUGGGGCAGGGACAGGGAGCCUGGAAGGAGGAGGAGGAGGAGGAGGAGAAAACUGAAAUGGAGAAAGCUUUGGAGGAGAGCGACAGCGAGGAGGAGGAGGAGGAGGAGGAAGAGGAGGUGGGGAAGGAGAAAGAGGAGGAGGAAGGCAUCGUGAAAGAGUUGUACCCAGAGCUGGGGCAAGAGGAGAAAUACCCCACCUGGAGGCGCACGGUGGCCCGGMGGGCCAGGGAGGACCAGAUGAAGCGGUUCUGCAGAGCCCAGGCCAUCCAGAGGCGGCUGGAGGAGAUCGAGGUGACAUUCCGGGAGCUGGAGCAGCAAGGCACCAAGCUGGAGAAAUUACUGCGGGCUGAGAACGAGAGCCCGGCUGACCUGCAGACACAGUGGACAAACCAGCUGCUCUACCUGGUCCAGAAGAAGAACAAUCUGAUGAGCGAGGAGUCGGACCUCAUGAUCGCGGUGCAGGAACUGAAGCUGGAGGAGCAGCAGUCUCAGCUGGACCAGAAACUCCGCAGUUACAUGAACAAGGAGGGAACCCUGAAGACACUUGAGGAGURCCAGGCUGAGCAGGAGACCCUGAAGCAGCUGGUGGAGGUGGUGAAUAAGCGCAAUGUUCUCAUCCAGCUGCAGGAGCAGAAGCGGCUCAGCGAGCUCCGGGCUUGAUCCGCACAGCCCCCAGUGCCACCAGGGGGACAAGCAGGGGCUCUGUGUGUGUCCCCCGGGCUGAGCAUCACUCUGAGCCACCUCUGGACGUGCAGCAAAUCCAGCUCCCUGCUUGCCAAAGUCUGUCACGGACAGGGUGGAUGCCCAUGAGGACACAUGGAGAGCGCUCAGCCCUUCUGCAGGGAGGCCGUUCCUGUGCCUCGCUGCACUGCCUUUGCCUUGUUCCUGCUGGAAAACAAGACUGGCAGGGGACUGCAAAAAGGGGCUGUGGUGGCUCCCAGCAGCCAGGAGGUGACUGUGGCCACCAGAGGCAGAUGGCACCAUGAGGAGCGGUCCCUCGAAGCCACCCUGGGACACCUCUCCCAGCUGAGGACAUCCAUCCCAGCCUGGACCGUUCAUCUCUUCAAGGGACACCUGGCUGUACGGUGGGGGCCGGUGACAGACACAUGGGGCUGCUCCUGCCACUCUGCACCACUGCUUUGGGAUGCCACAUCCACGCUGUCCCCAGCUGCUGCAGGAAAGCAGGCUCAGCACCCUACCAUGAGCUCCUUGGGCCAGGGAAGAGCUUUUUAUCCAGCAGCUCCUCAGGGAAUUGUGCUCAGGACCAGCACCGACACCAAGGACAAGGGACACCGGCAGCCGUGCCCUCCUUGCCCCUGUGGGGUUUCUUCUGCUUGGCAGUGCCAUGCUGGCCUUUGCACAGACCUCAGACACCCCUGGCUGUUGCAGGGUGGCCUCAGUGGCUGAACAGUGCUUGGGGCAGCCCCAGACGUGUUGGGGAUGGGGGUCCCAGGCAUCGGUUCCUCUGUUGGCAGAACCACCCUGUGCUCAGCCCUCAUCCUGCYGUUCCCCUCAGCACCUCCUCCAGCCCUCCCUGUGUUUGUACCAGCCCUGCCACCCUGCUGAAAAACCCCUCCCUUCAAAUAAAAUCCCCCUACCCAAUGCCAAAGG